AUGGAGUUCUCGGGCGUAUCAGGCAUGCUCAUCAUGAGUCUUUCCUACGAGGAAUUCUCGAGCCAAGCUCGAGAGUUUCAAGAAAUCGCUGAGUCGCUAGACGACGGAUGGCGACUGAAGGGAGCAUCGGAUGGCAAGCACUAUUUAUACAAGACGCAGUAUUAUACUCCACCCCAAGUCCUGAACCCCUGUAAUGCCGACUGCUCCCGAGAGCAGUCAGUGGGUGCCACUGACUCCCAGGUCCGCGAAAGCCACGAAGACGGUCAGCAAACAUUUGUCUGGGAAUACAAUAUCGUCUACAGCGUCAGCUACGAGGUUCCCGCUUUAUAUUUCAAUGUUUUCAAGCUCGGCUGUGCCGCACCCCUCAGCUUGGACGAGGUCUGGGAUUUUUGUCGGCUCUUCGGUGCCCCCUUCGGGAUGAAUGCGGAGGAUCUUUGGUCGACGGUAACUCAACAAGAGCAUCCGAGCACUGGCGUCCCUAAUUUCGCUCUACAUCCUUGCAAUACCCAGAGGAUGAUGCAGCACCUCCUAAACUCACUGCAUUUCGAAAAGAAGAACUAUCUCAUCACGUGGCUUUCAUCUGUGGGACCUAUUGUAGGCAUCAGGAUGGCGAACGCUUACUGUCCGGCCUUGUGA